AUGUCAGGUCAAGAUGGGUCAAAUCCACUUUCUUAUCGGGAACGACAACGCGCUCUACUCGCUAUACAGAUGAGUAACUCUGCUAGUACGACUGGACAAGCGGGAAGAGCGAUACCUCCCGGCCCCCCAGAAGGUCAUACUCUCACUGCCAACUCCAGAAGAUGGGGAUACGUCACAAACCAAAAUACACAAGUGGGAGAUUAUUCCGAGACGGAAAGUGAAGAAGGAAGAAUGGCAGUUCCUCUUAUGUUGGAUAACCCAGCUGCAAGUCGAGAAACUGUUCCUUUGGUUUUUGACGAUGGGACUUUGAAUACUACUCCUAAUAGUCCAAGAUAUGGUAUGGUGCGUCCUGAUCCUGAGACUUCAACUAGAGCUUCCAUUCAAGCUUAUGAAACUUAUCAACCUGAACUUGAACGAAUCCGAAAUGCAACUCAAACUCAAACACCUUCCUUGCUCACUUCUUCUUCUGCUGCCAUCCAGCAGGUUUCUUCCCGAACAGCUAGGACUCCCUCCAGGACUCAUCGUAUUGUUCCAGCACCUCUUUACCUUCCUUCUACAUCCCAAACGGUUGAAUCAUCUUUACCCUUCCGGGAUGAAGAUGGAGAUUCACCAACUUUAGGUCCUUACCUACCUACCAGUCUCAGGUCCCGAGGAGAUCCACCUGAGGGGUUUACCAAUACCCUCAAUUCUACCACCUUGCCGACAGCUUCAAUGCCUGAACCUGGUUGGUCACGUCAAGAGGAGGAUCAAGAUAGUCCAACUCUUGGACACAUACAAACUCCAUUUAGUAGGCAGCAAUAUACCUCUAACUUCUCACAACAGAUGGGAAACAUAUCUCCUAGUACUCCCUCAACUGUAGUUCUCAGGAGCCCAUACACUGGUACAUACCCAAGUAAUGUUAGGGAGUCAGUUCAAACUUUGUUUGAGGGUGAACCUUUGGUGGGAGAGGAUUCAAGACGCGCUUCGAACGUUACUAUCAUUGAAGAUGGAGAUGAAGAUGAAGAACAUGUUGUUCAACCUACCUUUUCACCCACUCUUGGUCAGCCUCAUUCUGGAAUUCGGUUUGGUAUUCCAGGAGGACUUACAACCGGGGACGGUUCAAGAAGAUACGUCAAUGUAGUGAGGAAGAAACACAAGCUAUCUCUUCUACUUUAA